CGGUGAUAACGUUAUCAAAAAUAUUUCUGAAUUUUUUCUCGAAAAUUUUGAAUCAUGAAUCACUAAAAAAAACACUCAACGCUGGAUAAUUUUUAAUGAAUUUCUUCAAAACAACGCACUAAAUUCAUCGCUACUGCUUCAUCUUCUUACAUAAUGAGCGAUUGUAGUUCAGACGAAGGUUCCGAAGAAUGGAUUCCGUACAAGGAUCGUCCAGACUGGAGUGAUAUUCAACCAAUUGCUCAAAACGAUGGUCCUUUUCCAGUAGUUGCUAUUGCGUAUCCUGAUAAAUAUAGAGAUGUGUAUGAUUAUUUUCGUGGAGUGUUUGUCAUCGGAGAAAAAUCUGAAAGAGUGUUACGUUUGUGCACCGAUGCCUCAAUUUUAAAUCCGGCUAAUUAUACCGUAUGGCAGUACAGACGCGUUGUUCUCAAAUCACUCGGUUGUGAUCUCCGAGAUGAAUUACAAUUUAUAGGCGAUGUAAUUGAACAAAAUCCGAAAAAUUAUCAAGUCUGGCAUCAUCGAAGAGUUAUAAUCGAAUGGCUAGACGAUGGAAGCACAGAGCUCGCGUUCACGAAGAAAUUAUUAGAUUUAGAUGCGAAAAAUUAUCACGCAUGGCAGCAUAGACAAUGGGUUUUAACUAAAUAUAAAUUAUUCGAUGGAGAACUCGAUUACAUCGAUGAGUUGCUUACCAGAGAUAUUCGUAAUAAUUCUGCCUGGAAUCAUCGCUACUUCGUGAUAAAUACCGGAAAGCAAGGCUUUACCCCUGAUGUAUUGAGUCAAGAAAUUAAAUACGUAGCGAACGCGAUUCAAAACGCUACCAAGAACGAAAGUGCCUGGAAUUAUCUCAGAGGAAUACUGUUAUUUCACGAACAAGGUUUAAACCAUCCUGAUGUGAUAGCCUUCUGCGAACAAUUAUACAAAGAUGAUUCGCGUUCGCCUCAUUUACUAGCUUUUUUAGCUGAUCGAGCUGUCGAACUUGUAGAAAAAGAUAUUGAUCGAGAGAAAAAUCUGCAAGUAGCUGUAAAGCUUUAUCGUGAUCUCGCUGAAGAAUAUGAUAAAAUGAGAGCUCCGUAUUGGAAUUAUCUUAUCGAAGGUUUGCAGAAAUUCAACAGUCAUUCGAAAUUUUAAAUUUGCCAUAGGAUUAUGUUUUGGUUUUAAUAUUUAUCAUUGAUUCGUUCAUUUCGUUGAUUGAUUUUUUAAUUAUUAUUUUUUUUUGUAAAUCGUGCCUUGAAAUGGUAUUUUAUUAAUAUGUACUAGAUGUACGUAAUUUACGAGAGUCAACUCAGUAUUUUUGGAACCUGUCUGCAAUACCAGUUCAUUAAUACGAUGAAUCUUCGUUGGAAAUGUUUUCCUUCUUUCGUUCCAAGUAUUAUUAAGUAGGGUUCAAUAAAAAUAAUCAUCUUA